GUGACGCACACUUGUUGAUAUUUUUUGCGGAUAUAAUUUGGUGUUUGAAGUUUGGAGUAGCCACGGACCGGUUGCCGAGACAACUAGUUGUCAGUUCGCUGUGAGUCUUACUACCGUAUACAUAUAUAUUAUGCUGCACUCGAUAAUCAACUCAGUACGGUGCACGAGUUAGCAUUAUUUCAGCGAUCACGCUUUCAGUGCUCAAAUGUCAAAAAUAUUUAACUGUUGCGCAAAAGAUACAGAUUCCAGAGACUUGAACGGGAUGAAUAAGGAAGUAGCUACGAUGGAAAAUAAUUUAGAUAAAAUGAAAGACAGUGAUAUAGUUGAUAGAGGUGUACCUAAAGCCGAACAUAUGAAUGGAUACCACGGGUGUCCUUUUAGUGAGAAAGUGGAUGUUGAUAGUGAGAAUGAGAAGAAAUCAGUGAAACCGAACUUACGUUUGAAAGUUCCGCAGCCGUUACGGCUGAAGAAUCAUAUGUUUGCUGAAGAGAACAUGGAUACGUUACAUUCGCACAUCGAUGAUGUUACGCACUUUAACACAAAAUGCUCAGAGAAAGUAUGCCAAAGCAGCAUCAUGGAUAUCCCUGGUCGAGGGAACACUCCCAGGAGUCCAGAGGAAGUCUUCAAAGAUGCACAGACCUUUAUACGACAGUACUUCUCUUCUAUAAAGAGAGAAAAUUCAGACGCCCACUUGGCAAGAUUACGAGAAGUCGAUAAGGAGAUACAGGCAAGUGGAACCUACCAGCUCAAGACUCCAGAGCUGGUGUUCGGAGCGAAACUAGCGUGGAGGAACGCAGCUAGGUGUAUUGGCAGGAUACAGUGGAAGAAAUUACAGAUCUUCGACUGCAGAGAAGUAACUACCGCAAGUGGAAUGUUUGAAGCGCUCUGCAAUCAUAUCAAAUACGCGACAAAUAAAGGAAAUAUAAGGUCAGCGAUAACCAUAUUCCCGCAGCGCACGGACGGCAAACACGAUUAUCGGAUAUGGAACCCGCAGCUCAUCACCUACGCCGGGUACCUCGAGCCGGACGGCACCGUGCUUGGUGACCCCGCUAGAGUCGAAUUCACUGAGGUAUGUGUCCAACUGGGUUGGAAGCCUCCACGCACUGCAUGGGAUGUUCUUCCCCUGGUGCUAUCAGCUGAUGGAAGGGACCCUGAGUUCUUUGAGAUCCCUCGUGAGAUCAUCAUGGAGGUUAAUAUUGAACAUCCAAGCUACGACUGGUUCAUAGACCUAGGUCUCAAAUGGUACGCUCUACCAGCGGUGUCAAACAUGCGGCUGGACUGUGGUGGCCUGGAGUUCACAGCCACUGCCUUCAAUGGCUGGUACAUGGGCACGGAAAUUGGAUGCCGCAAUCUGUGCGACUCGAAUCGAUUGAAUAUUGUUGAGUCAGUAGCAAUGAAAAUGGGCUUAGACACAAGUUCAUACGUCUCCCUUUGGAAGGAUAAAGCUCUUGUGGAAGUGAACAUCGCCGUACUGCACAGCUUUCAUAGAGAUAAUGCAUCUAUAGUUGAUCAUCAUUCGGCAUCGGAACAGUUUAUCAAACACUUGGACAACGAAAAUAGAAGCAGGGGCGGUUGUCCGUCUGAUUGGAUAUGGAUCGUCCCGCCAAUGUCAUCAUCACUGACCGCGGUGUUUCAUCAAGAAAUGGCUUUGUAUUACGUACGACCCUCAUAUGAUUAUCAAGAACCCGCGUGGAAGACCCACCAGUGGAGCAAGUCUGACGGCAACAAGGUGCGGCGCAAGUUUCACUUCAAGCAGAUCGCGAGAGCCGUCAAGUUUACAUCCAAACUCUUCAGCCAAGCGCUGUCUAAGCGCAUCAAAGCGACUAUCCUGUACGCGACCGAGACAGGCAAAUCGGAACUGUAUGCCAAGGAACUAGGGACCAUAUUCGGCCACGCGUUCAACGUGCAGGUCCAAUGUAUGUCAGACUACGAUAUUUUCUCGAUAGAGCACGAAACACUCCUCCUCAUCGUAACUUCAACUUUUGGCAACGGCGAGCCUCCUGCGAAUGGCGUCACGUUCGCGGAGCAUCUUUUCCAAAUGCUGUAUAAUGAAAAGAAGAAUGAUCAGGUGGAGAGCGCAGGUUACAAAACACCCACACCGAAGUCAUUAAUGAGAGCAAACAGUGUGAUGACGCCACGUAACGAAUACAAAAGGCAAUUGUCGCGAUUGGAGUCCAGUCGGAGCAACAACGAAGAUAAACGGCAAUUAACACGUUUAGAAUCAAAUAAAAGUAGCAUUGGAGGAACAUCAAGUGCGGAAAAUAUAGGUCCCUUGAGCAAUGUAUGUUUUGCCGUUUUUGCUUUGGGUUCAAGCGUGUAUCCAAAAUUCUGUUGUUUCGGUAAAACCGUGGAUCGAGUACUUGAGGACUUAGGUGGGGAAAAACUAUUGGAAGUUAACUGCGGAGAUGAAAUGUAUGGUCAAGAACAGCAAUUUCGAACUUGGUCAACCAAUAUAUUCCAAGUUGCGUGUGAAACAUUCUGCUUGGAAGAAAAUGACAUAAUCAAAGAUGCGAAAAAAUCCUUUGGAGUAAUUCCAAUCACUAAAGAUACAGUCAGAUUCAGUAACGUUGAAAAGGGCUUACCAAUUAAAAAGGCACUUGAAGAAAGUUAUAAGAAACACUAUAUUACGUGUAGAGUGCAAGAAAAUAAACCUUUGGGAGAUUUUACAUCAGACCGAGCAACAAUAUUUGUUGAUAUGGAAGUUGAUUCUGAUUUUAAAUAUGACCCUGGAGACCAUGUCGGUAUUAUGGCUUGUAAUCGAAAGGAAAUUGUAGACGUCGUGUUAUCAAGACUGAAAGACGUAGAUGUGUAUGACAAGCCAGUGCAGCUGCAAGUGAUGAAAGAAACUCUUACACCUACAGGUGCUAUUAAAUCUUGGGAGAAACAUGAACGGCUACCGCCAGUAACAGUGCGAGAAUUAUUUACCAGAUUCCUAGACAUAACUACACCACCAUCCUCGAAGCUUUUGAAGUACUUAGCGAGUGCGUGUACUGAUAAAAAUGACGCUGAAUGUAUAAAAGAGCUUAUAGAGGAUUCAAACAAGUUUGACGAUUGGAGAUACCAUUACUACCCUCAUUUGGCUGAAGUGUUAACUCAAAUACCGUCGUGUAGACCUCAGGCUUCAGUCUUAGUUGCAUUAUUGCCUCCUUUACAACCUAGGUUUUAUUCUAUAUCUUCAUCACCAUUGGCUCAUCCUCAAAGAAUACACGUCACUGUCGCUGUUGUUCAAUAUAAAACUCAAAGUGGCGAAGGUUCAACUCAUUACGGUGUUUGCUCAACAUACUUACAAAGUCUUAAAGUAAAUGACGAGGUCAUCGCAUUUAUAAGAAGAGCUCCUAAUUUCCAUAUGCCAUCUGAUAUUUCCGUUCCACUUAUAUUAGUUGGUCCCGGUUCUGGUAUAGCACCUUUCAGAGGUUUCUGGCAUCAUAGAAGACAUUUAAUUGAAAAUAACAGUUCAAAAGCUGGUCCAGUGUGGUUGUUCUUUGGAUGUAGAUACAGAGGAAUGGAUUUGUAUAAAGACGAGAAAGAAGAAGCGGUUAAAGAUGGAGUUAUUACAAAAGCCAUGGUGGCAUAUUCUAGAGAAGAAUGUAUCAAUAAGAAACAUGUACAAGCCCUGUUAGAAGAUGAAGGUCCUGAAAUAACUAAAACACUUCUAGAAAAAGGCGGACAUUUCUACGUGUGCGGUGACUGUAAGAUGGCGGAAGAAGUGCAACAAAAGUUGAAAGAAAUAAUUAAAAAGCACGGAAAAUUGACAGACACAGAGGUUGAUGACUUUAUAUUGGGCUUGAUGGAGGAAAACAGAUAUCAUGAAGAUAUUUUCGGAAUCACGUUGCGUACUUCAAUCGUUCAUACAGCUUCUAGAGAAACUGCAAAAAGAACUCGACUAGAAUCUGUGCAAUCUCAGGCAUAGAUUUGAAUCUUUUCCUUUAUAAGUAUUAUAGAUAGUAUAUACACAUUUUUAAGAAUACAUUUUAAACGUAAAUGUUUAAGAAUAUACUUUUGUAUUAAGUUGUUAUUUAAGGUUUCUUCAAAUAAUAUACAAUAAGAAAUAUAAAUUAUUUUUGUCCUAUUAGAAAGACAAAACUAGUGUAUAAGUGCUUAAUAUUUAAGCUAAGAAUCUUGUUUUUUACCUUUGUAACCAGUUGAAUCUUAAACUGCAGGAAUAAUGUUCCAAAUUAAUCAGACUAGUUUUUCAAAGCAAAACCUUGAAGCAUUUUGUAUCGAAUAAUAAAUAUAGUGUAACCAAAGCAUUUCUUAUAAUAAAACAACAUUUCAUUUCAA